UCCAUUCCCCCACCAACAACUACCAGAAGAGUUACCAGAAGAGCUACCAAAAAAGCUACCAGAAACGUUUGGAAAAGUGUUUGAGUUCCUUGAACUAUUUUCCUGACUUGCGUGUCUUCCUAUUCUCUCUCCUUUGAUCUACUCACAUUCCUUCUUCCGGCUCCCUUUCAGCUUAGUCCUUUCUUUACCAUCGUUGCUUUAACACCAUGGCCUCUAUUAGCAUGGGAUCAGCCGACCCCGGAAGUAAGGACCAGACUUUUCGUCCCACUGACUCCCCAACUUUGCUUUCAUCCCAUUUCAUGGAUGAUGACCUUAACUUUACUCCGUUUGACGUCUUCACUGACGAUCCGUACACUACCUUGUUCUGCACCGGAGAGACCGAUGUUGAGCCAAGGUACGCCUUUGAUGUGGAGGAAGAGAGCACCGAUGUCGAGAGCUCAUGCUUUGACUUUGACGAUGUGAAUUCUCUCGCGCACUACGCGAACUAUUUACGUAUCAAGUCAACUCCUUAUGUUGCCUGUGGGCAACAGGUCGAUCGUAUAGACAACGAGGAGAUGUUCAGCAGCUAUACUCAUGUGUACUCACGCUGUGCGAGUCCCACCCCAGCGAGCCUUGUACACAGUCCACAUCCGCCGCCUCUGCCUUUCGUCACCGACCUGGACUUGGACAGUCCCAUCGAGAUCCAUGGCCGCGUGUUUUCCAGCCUCCGUGAGCAUAUCUUCGACAUCGAUCACGGAUCUCUGAUGUUCCUCGGUCUUGACUCUGAGUUCGAUGCCCCCUAUGUGCCCCAUGACUUCGAGCAGUUUGACGGCGACAUAGAAGACUUUGAAGUGGACGGUGACGGUGAAGACGAGUUAGCUCUGAGUGAGGACGGCAGCCAGGAGGAGGAGGAGGAGAAGGAGGACGAGGUGGGUGAGGAGGAUGAGGAGACCACCAUGGAUAUGGAGGAGGAUGAGGAGGACGAGGAUGAUGACGAUGACGACGACGACACGGUGGUCGCAGACGAUGAAGAUUUCUUCAUCGUGCCACCGCCCUCUAUCCUGUUCUCGGUACAGGAUAUCCCCUCCCCAGCGACUACCAUCGAUGAGGAUGAGUUCUAGGGUAUGUUGCCAUCCCUCCCGCUCUUCUGUACUUUAUAUUAUAUUUAACCCACUCGAAUAAAGAGCGAUGAAUCAAGCAACAGA